GCCUAGUUAAAAUGGUCGCCUUCUUCUGUCCUAAUGAAAGUUAAAUAGUAAUUUUCCAUUUUCUUACCAUCAAGUUUUAUUUUACCAUAUGUAUUUUACCGUAUGAUCCAUUUAUCUAUUUAUUACCCAUGAAUGUAUACUUGAAGGGGUACGAGAGUUCAUAGUUUCAACAAGAUGAGUGAUUUGUUGUGGAUCUCAGGACUAUGUGUUAUUGCCUUAGUGGUUGUUAGGAUUAGUCACUGGUGUUACCGAUGGUCAAACCCCAAGUUCAAUGGCAAGUUACCUCCAGGAUCAAUGGGUUUCCCGAUCAUCGGAGAGACGUUCGACUUCUAUAAGCCUCAUGGGUUCUACGAGAUCUCGCCUUUUUUCAAGAAGAGGAUGUCAAGGUACGGGCCAUUGUUUCGAACGAACCUUCUUGGAUUCAAAACCGUGGUUUCGACAGAUAAAGAUGUGAACAUGGAGAUUUUGCGGCAAGAGAACAAGUCUUUCAACUUAAGUUAUCCAGAUGGGUUAGUGAAGUCACUAGGAAAAGAGAGCAUAUUCUUUAAGACAGGAAGCAUACACAAGAACAUCAAACUAAUAAGUAUGCAGCUUGUCGGCUCUGAGAAUCUAAAGCGGAAUAUGAUAAAAGAUAUGGACCGCGUGACCCGAGAACAUCUCAGUUCCAAAGCUAGCCAAGGAAGAUUUGAUGUUAGGGAUACAGUUUUCAGUAUGAUAACAGCUCACUUAACACCAAAAAUGAUAAGUAAUCUCAAACCAGAGACUCAAGCAAAGCUUAUGGACAAUUUCAAGGCCUUUAGUUUCGAUUGGUUCAGGCCAUCUUUUACUCUCUCUGCCGUGAAAGGAAUCUACACUACUAUUCAGGCAUGCCGGGAUGGGAUGCGGCUGUUAAAUGAUGUUUACUCGAAGAGGAACGCGUCGAAAGAGAAGCAUGAUGACUUCCUUAACACUGUGAUGGAAGAGCUUGAGAAAGAAGGAAACUUAGUGACCCAAGAUGCUAUUGUAAGCCUCAUCUUUGUUCUUUCUUGUGUAACUCAGGAGCUCACCGUUAAGACCAUUUGUUUCGCGGUCAAAUUCUUAUCGGAAAACCCAAAAGUUCUCGCUGAAUUGAAGAGAGAGCACGAGGCAAUCCUUGGGAGCAGAGAAGAUAAAGAAGGUGGAGUUACUUGGGAAGAAUACAGACACAAGAUGACUUUCACCAACAUGGUUAUCAAUGAGACACUUCGAUUGGCAAACAUGGCUCCGGUCGUGUUUAGAAAGGCUGUGGAGGAUGUUGAGAUCAAUGGAUACACGAUUCCAGCUGGUUGGGUAGUGUUGGUUGCAACUUCAGUGGUUCAUUUUGAUUCUGAAAUUUAUGAAAAUCCUUUCGAGUUUAAUCCAUGGAGAUGGGAGGGUAAAGAGGUACGGUCCGGAUCAAAAACUUUCAUGGUGUUUGGAGGAGGAGUCAGACAAUGCGUUGGUGCAGAAUUUGCGAGACUUCAGAUUUCACUCUUCCUUCAUUACCUUAUCACCAAUUACGACUUCUCGUUGUUCAAAGGCUCUAAGGUGAUUCGAGCACCAGCUGUUUUCUUCCCUGAGGGCAUUUCAAUAAACAUCUCCAAACGUUCCACAUGACCUUAUCCGAGACAUAUCAUGUUCUACAAUCUCUUUAGUGUAUCUUUGUUGUUUUUUCGUAAACAAUAUAGUAUUAAUGUGCGCGAUUUCAACAUUUUCUACAUGCAAUUCUACAAAUUUAAUACCUUUUAUGAA